AUGUCCCUCACACGCGUAGCAGUUGUAACUGGCGCCGCACAGGGCAUUGGACGGGCUAUUGCGCUACGGCUGGCUGCCGAUCACCUUGAUGUCGCUGUGAAUGACAUAGCGUCGAAGACGGACCAGCUGCAGGAACUGGUGUCGCAGAUACAAGCUCGAGGAGGGCGUUCCCUUGCAGUUCCUGCGGAUAUCUCCAACGAAGACGACGUUCAGAAAAUGAUUGCCAAGGUUGUGGAGACGUUUGGCGGCCUCGAUGCGAUGGUGGCGAAUGCGGGAAUAGUGGCCUUGAAGCCAUUGAUAGAACUAUCUUCGGAAGACUUCGAUAAGCUCACAUCUGUCAACCUGCGAGGCGUAAUGUUAUGUUACAAGCAUGCAGCCAUUCAGAUGAUACAGCAAGGAAGAGGCGGACGAAUCCUAGGCAUGCUGGCACUGUCUGCAUAUAGCGCCACGAAGUUUGCUGUCCGUGGUUUGACACAGAGCGCAGCUUUGGAACUGGCAAAACACAAUAUCACCGAUGCGAUUCUUCCUAAAAACACGCCUAUAGGCGAACCCGAAGUUAUCGCCAGCCUGGUCUCUUACUUGAUCAAACCAGAGGCAUAUUUUAUUACUGGCCAGACCAUCAUGGUGAACGGCGGUCUCAUGGUAGAUUGA